CAUAAGUCUGCGCGAGGCAUCAGUUACCCAUAGUGCAACAGGCGCUCCCUUCCUCUCAGCUUUGGAAGUGGCGAAGCAAGAUGUCGUUAUUAGACGGUCCCCUAAAUGUGCUCGGCCAGAGGACAACUGGCGAGUCAGUCCGCACUCAGAAUGUCAUGGCGGCAUCCUCCAUCGCCAACAUCGUGAAGAGCUCGCUCGGUCCAGUUGGCCUCGAUAAGAUGUUGGUGGAUGACAUCGGGGACGUGACCAUCACUAACGAUGGAGCCACUAUCCUGAAGCUCCUGGAGGUGGAGCACCCUGCGGCCAAGGUGCUGUGUGAGCUGGCCGAACUGCAGGACAAGGAGGUGGGGGACGGGACAACCUCGGUGGUGAUCAUCGCUGCAGAAUUGCUCAAAAGUGCGGAUGAGCUGGUGAAGCAGAAGAUCCACCCCACGUCUAUAAUCAGCGGCUAUCGCCUGGCCUGCAAAGAAGCGGUCCGCUACAUCAACGAGAACCUGACCAUUGCAACCGACGAUUUGGGAAGAGAGUGUCUCAUCAACGCUGCAAAAACCUCCAUGUCCUCCAAAAUUAUCGGCUGCGACGCCGACUUCUUUGCCAACAUGGUGGUGGACGCCGCCCUCGCCGUGAAGUUUGUGGACGGGAAGGGCGUGGCACGCUACCCCAUCAAUUCGGUCAACGUGCUGAAGGCCCACGGCCGCAGCCAGAAGGAGAGCUUCCUGGUCAACGGCUACGCCCUCAACUGCACCGUCGGGUCACAAGGCAUGGUGAAGCGAGUGACCAACGCCAAGGUGGCCUGCCUGGACUUCAGCCUGCAGAAGACCAAGAUGAAGAUGGGCGUCCAGGUGGUCAUCAACGACCCCGAGAAACUCGACCAGAUCAGGCAGAGGGAGUCUGACAUCACCAAAGAGCGCAUUCAGAAGAUCCUGGGGUCCGGCGCCAAUGUCAUCCUGACCACCGGGGGCAUCGACGACAUGUGCCUCAAGUACUUUGUGGACGCGGGGGCCAUGGCCGUGCGCAGGGUGCUGAAGCGGGACCUGAAACGCAUCGCCAAGGCAACAGGAGCCACCCUUUGCCCGUCCCUGUCCAACCUGGAGGGGGAGGAGACGUUCGAGGCCACCAUGCUGGGUCAGGCUGAGGAGGUGGUGCAGGAGAGUGUCUGCGACGACGAGCUCAUCCUGGUCAAGAACACCAAGGCCCGCACCUCGGCGUCCAUCGUCCUGCGCGGGGCGAACGACUUCAUGUGCGACGAGAUGGAGCGCUCGCUGCACGACGCGCUCUGCGUGGUCAAGCGCGUCCUGGAGUCCAAGUCCGUGGUGCCGGGAGGGGGCGCCGUGGAGGCGGCGCUGUCCAUCUACCUGGAGAACUACGCCACCAGCAUGGGUUCCCGGGAGCAGCUGGCGAUCGCCGAGUUCGCCCGCUCCCUGCUGAUCAUCCCCAAGACGCUGGCGGUGAACGCGGCCCAGGACUCCACCGACCUGGUUGCUAAGCUGCGGGCCUUCCACAAUGAGGCCCAGGUCAACCCGGAGCGCAAGAACCUCAAAUGGAUCGGCCUGGACCUGGUGAACGGGAAGCCGCGGGACAACAAGCAGGCGGGCGUGUACGAGCCCACCAUGGUGAAGACCAAGAGCCUCAAGUUCGCCACCGAGGCCGCCAUCACCAUCCUCCGCAUCGACGACCUCAUCAAGCUCUUCCCCGACCAGAAGGAAGGCGGGCAGUCCUACCAGGACGCCGUCCAAUCCGGAUCCCUGGAGGACUGAGGGCCGAGGGGGCCUCUCCCCCGAGGCAUGAUGGGAUAGCCGUAGCAGUUUCGUACCUGUAUUUAUACACACGCUUAACCGUUGUCGUUUCCGUCUCGAGAGCCCUAGGCCUCGCGCACUUCCAUUCUCCCAGGCAAACCGUAGCCAGUGGAACUGUAACAUUUGUUGUUCUUUUUUUGGACGUUUGAAAUAAAGGCGUUGUUGAUGGUCA